AUGGCACGACUCUCUCAGUACGAUUACGUCUUCGCCAUUGGCACCCUGUUUGCUCUGCUCGAUGCCUACAACAACGGCGCAAACGAUGUAGCAAACAGCUGGGCCACCAGCGUUUCUUCCAGAUCCGUUACAUACCAACAAGCCAUGGUCCUUGGUGCUGUGUUUGAGAUGGUUGGGGCUAUCACUGUCGGUGCCCGAACCGCAUCCACCAUCAAGAACAAGAUCAUUCCUCUCUCCGCCUUCCAAGACAACGCUGGUGUUCAGAUGCUUGCGUUCACUUGUGCGCUGGCAGGUGCAUCUUCAUGGGUCAUGUGGUGCACACGACAUUCUGCCCACGUCUCAUCGUCUUACUCGCUCAUUUCGGCCGUCGCUGGUGUGGGAGUCGCGGUCGCUGGAGCUUCUCAAGUGGAAUGGGGCUGGAAUGGUGGCCAGGGCCUAGGCGCAAUCUUCGCUGGCUUGGGAUUGGCUCCUCUCAUUUCCGGCGGGUUUGCUGCAACCAUCUUUAUGCUCAUCAAACUGGUGGUGCACAUUCGAAAGAACCCGGUACCCUGGGCCGUUUUUACCUCGCCAUUCUUCUUCCUCAUCGCCGGCACUAUUUGCACACUAUCCGUUGUCUACAAAGGUUCUCCGAAUCUUGGUCUGAACAAGAAGCCCUCGUGGUACAUUGCUUCUGUCACCAUGGGUGUUGGAGGUGGCCUUUUCAUCCUGUCAGCCAUUUUCUUCGUUCCCUGGUUGCACGCAAAAGUCAUCAAGAGAGAUCACACUAUCAAAUUCUGGCACCUCCCCUUGGGUCCUCUGCUCUGGAAACGCCCAGCUCCAGCUGAUGCUCACGAACAAGCAAACGUUCCGGACUACGCUGUGGUUCAGAAGCAUGACGAAGACGAAGCCUCUACUCAUUCGCCAGAUUCCGCAAGCCAGGAUGGCGUUGAAAAAAUUGGGACCGAUGUUAAAGCGCACUCCGCUGCUCCAGGAGAGAGAGCGCUUGUAGAGGUCGAAGCCCAGAUCACACAAAUGACCUACAAGGAACGACUGGCCGAGGCUCAACAGAAGUUCCACGCAAGGCUUCGCAAGAAGCGUGGUCCUCUCGGUUGGGCCAUGCGCACUUUGCACAACAACCCCAUUGGCGAAGGCGAGAUCUACGAGUUUAAAAACCUCAAGACUCUGCUGAUUCGCAUCCCGGCCAUGCUCGUCGUCGCUGUCCUGUAUGGCGUGAACUACGACAUCCACUCUGCCCAGACCGGUAUUGCCGGCACGCCCGAAGGUCGACGCAUGGAGCGAGUGUACUCUUACGCAACCAAGUACUCCAAUGAGGUCGAGCACACCUACUCCUUCGUCCAGGUCAUCACCGCUUGCACAGCAUCCUUCGCCCAUGGCGCUAAUGACAUAGGCAACGCUGUCGGCCCCUGGGCCGUCAUUUACUCGGCUUGGUCAACCGGUGACGCAGCCAAAUCCAAAGCCGAGGUGCCCAUCUGGCAACUCGCUGUGCUCUCCGCCACGCUCUCUAUCGGUCUCAUCACUUACGGCUACAACAUCAUGAAAGUCAUGGGCAACAAGAUCACGUACCAUUCGCCAUCCCGAGGCUCUUCGAUGGAAAUGGGUGCCGCUAUUACUGUCCUCCUUUUCUCUCAAUACUCGCUACCCGUCUCGACCUCGAUGUGCAUCACUGGCGCCACCAUUGGUGUCGGCCUCUGCAACGGUACGUGGAAGGCAGUCAACUGGCAACGAGUCGGUCUGCUGCUCUUCUCCUGGAUCAUGACUAUCCCCAUCGCCGGCACGCUUGCUGGAUGCAUCAUGGGCAUUGUCCUCAAUGCUCCCCACUUCUUGUAA